UUCCUUUCAUUCGUAGUACCCGGAUUUACCCGUAGGGAAAUUAGCUACGUCAUUGUUCACGGACUGACUACAGCUGGAAAUAAUACAUGGACAUGCACGUAUAAUAAUAUAUUUAUAAAAAAAUACAGCAAUGAACAAUGACCAUAGUUGACAGAUCUUCAGAGAAAUCUGACCUAGAGUCAGUCGGGUGCAAGCGCUCAGGAUCGCUGAACUUUCCCGGCGGUGACGGGAACGGGAUGGACAGUGGCUGCUCCAGCUGGGGGUCGGGGGGCCCCUCGUCCUCCGACACCCCCAGGGUGAAGACAGGGGGCUGCAUGGGUCCCACCCCUGGAGCCACAGUCAACAGCAGCAGUGCAGACAGGCCCAAGGAGCAAGUGGUGCUGACCAGUGGGGACGGCAUCGCCCUGCCCCAGAAGGUGCUGUUCCCAGCCGAGCGGCUCAGCCUGAAGUGGAACCAGGUCCACCGCAUCGGAUCAGGUCUCCAGAACCUGGGAAACACCUGCUUCCUCAACUCGGCUCUGCAGUGUCUCACCUAUACCGCUCCCCUCACUAACUACAUGCUGUCCCGGGAGCACUCUAAAACAUGUCAUGAGCCUGGGUUCUGUAUGAUGUGCACAAUGCAGAAUCACAUCACCCAGGUCUUCGCCAACUCUGGGAAUGUCAUCAAGCCCAUCGGAGUCCUCAACGAGCUCAAACGGAUUGCAAAGCAUUUCCGCUUUGGCAGCCAAGAGGACGCCCAUGAGUUCCUGCGGUACACAGUGGACGCUAUGCAAAAGUCCUGCCUGCCUCUAAACAAAUUGGACAGGCAAACGCAAGCAACCAGUUUCAUCCAUCAAGUCUUUGGAGGGUAUCUACGGUCCAGAGUAAAAUGUUUCAACUGCAAAGCGGUCUCUGACACGUUUGACCCUUAUUUGGAUGUUGCUUUGGAAAUAAAGACUGCCCCCAGUAUCACAAAGGCUCUGGAGCAGUUUGUUAAGCCUGAGCAGCUAGAUGGAGAGAAUGCCUACAGAUGCGCUAAGUGUAAGAAGAUGGUUCCAGCCUCUAAGAGAUUCACCAUCCACCGCAGCGCUAAUGUGCUCACCAUCUCACUGAAGCGAUUCGCCAACUACAACGGGGGCAAGAUCGCUAAGGACGUAAGGUAUGCUGAGUGCCUAGACCUGCGUCCCUUCAUGUCUCAGUCCCACGGCGAGCCCCAGGUCUACGCGCUCUAUGCUGUCCUGGUGCACUCUGGCUUCAGCUGCCACGCUGGACACUACUACUGCUACGUCAAAGCUAGCAAUGGCCAGUGGUACCAGUUGAAUGACUCCUCUGUGUUGGUCAGUGACAUCAGGUCAGUCCUCAACCAGCAGGCUUACGUUCUCUUCUACAUCAGGUCACCUGAUCUGAAGAAUGGAGGGGACUACAAUCACACGUGCCGGACCCCGGGGCCCCUCAGCCAGUUGUCCCCCCGCCCCAUCCUCACACCCCGGGUCAACAUUGGGCCACGACACACCAGCACUGGCUUCAUAGGGCCACAGCUGCCCCCACACAUGGCCAAGAACAUCUUUCAUGUCAAUGGGAACGGCUCGCUAAGGGACUACCCCUCUGGCUCUAAGCCCAGCACCAGCAGUGACAACAGCAUGGGCAACACUAGUUACAGCCCGCUCGCCACCUCUUCCUCCCAUCCUCUCAACCGUCCUACAGGCAUCCCUGACCCUGCCAAGCGCCAGAAGCUCUCCUUCUUUAUCGGUCAGGGCAAACAGAUCCGCCCUUCAUCAUCCUCUUAUGCACAGCCGUCCUCUUCGUCACAGUCUACAUCAGACAUGUCUACGCCCCGGGAUCCUCGCAUUAAUGGCACUCCCGCCGUUAACAGAAACGGUCGCGGAGCGUCUUUCCUGGUGCCGUACGGCCAGGAGUCGUCUGAGGAGUCGGACCAGGAGGGAGGCAGUGGUCUGGGGAACGGCACCGCAAAGCCUCACGUUAACGGGAGGAAGGGAGAGACCGUCUACGGCCCCGUCCCUAGAGUGCUGACCCUCAAGACCAACGGCAUCGGUAAUGGCCAGGCUACCAUACACCGUAACGGGACCAACAGCUUCUCCAAACUCAGUCAGAACGGACACCACAACAUCAAACACCCUGAGAAGAUCCACGGCAACGGUCAUGCGAUGUCGCCCGGUUUGGGUUCCAGCAUGUCUAAUGGGGCGGAGGCUCACCACAGUGGCCCAAGCAAAGAGGUGCAUUGCACCACACCCAGCCAGGCCAGCACCUCUCAAGGCCUGCACAGUGCCGACAUCGACAGCCGCCUCUCCCUCACCCCAGAGAAAAAGGCUAAAACUCACUCUGGCCCCCUCCCUCGCCACGCACCAUCAACCGCUGCUAAACCUCCAUCCACAUUGGCUGAUGUUGGAGCUAAACCACUUACCGACGCCUUGAGGGAAUCCAGCUCCAACCCUGGGGUCUUAUUCCUCCAGCCCACCCCCCGCUCCCUCAGUACCCCAGUCCUCUCCGGACCAGGCCUGGGAGCCACAAAAGAUCUCGGAGCCCCACACAGGGGAUCUGGGGAGGACGUCAGGGAGACCCAGAACAGCCCAGCUGUAGGGCUGUAUGGACAGCCCAGCUCCAGAGAUGGAAGAGACCAGAUGUACUCUUCCGAUCGGGAGGAGACAGGCGGGUUGAACUCUUCCGAUCGGGAGGAGACAGGCGGGUUGAACCCUUCCGAUCGGGAGGAGACAGGCGGGUUGAACCCUUCCGAUCGGGAGGAGACAGGCGGGUUGAACCCUUCCGAUCGGGAGGAGACAGGCGGGUUGAACCCUUCCGAUCGGGAGGAGACAGGCGGGUUGAACCCUUCCGAUCGGGAGGAGACAGGCGGGUUGGACCCUUCCGAUCGGGAGGAGACAGGCGGGUUGGACUCUUCCGAUCGGGAGGAGACAGGCGGGUUGGACUCUUCCGAUCGGGAGGAGACAGGCGGGUUGGACUCUUCCGAUCGGGAGGAGACAGGCGGGUUGGACUCUUCCGAUCGGGAGGAGAAAGGCGGGUUGGACUCUUCCGAUCGGGAGGAGAAAGGCGGGUUGGACUCUUCCAAUCGGGAGGAGAAAGGCGGGUUGGACUCUUCCGAUCGGGAGGAGAAAGGCGGGUUGGACUCUUCCGAUCGGGAGGAGAAAGGCGGGUUGGACUCUUCCGAUCGGGAGGAGAAAGGCGGGUUGGACUCUUCCGAUCGGGAGGAGAAAGGCGGGUUGGACUCUUCCGAUCGGGAGGAGAAAGGCGGGUUGGACUCUUCCGAUCGGGAGGAGAAAGGCGGGUUGGACUCUUCCGAUCGGGAGGAGAAAGGCGGGUUGAACUCUUCCGAUCGGGAUCGAGACCGGCUGUACUCUUCUGAACGGGAUAAAGACGGAGAAGGGGAUAGGUACCACCGAGACAGGAGCCGUGAACGCAACCGGGACCAUGACUCAGACCACUACCGGCACCGGCGAGACCACCGAGACAGAGACCACCACCGGUCGUACCGGGACCGCUCGCUCAGCCGGGACAGACACCGGAACUGGGAGUCUGAGGCAUUCCUCUCACAGCGACGCUAUCACCCCAGAGAGAGGGACAGGGACCGCUGUCACCACCAUUACCACCACAGAACGAGUAAGGACAGGAAGAGGGACAGGAGGGAGCACAGCCACCACAGCCACCCACACAGAGAGGAGCCUCAUGGACGCUCAAGGUGGAGGGAUGAAGGUAAAGAAAGGUGUUACUACCCUUCACAGGAGACCCCUCUGCCCACCCCACUGAGCUCCAGCACUAAGCCCAGUCAGUCCCUCCCAGUCCUUUCCCCAGCCCUGGUGAAACGACCCGAGCCUCACAGAGAGGAGAGAAAGGACAGCUCUGAGGAGUGUCGGGCCAAGAAACCCAAGAAGAAGAAGUCCAAGGACAGAGAGAGGCACCGAGAGAAUAGGACCUUUGACGUGAAUUCCUCUGACAGGGCAGCCGACGGCAGCAGUUCCUCCAAACACAACAAAAGUAGGAGGUACGACACUGACACGGAGGAUGAGAAAUCAGGGGGUGAGAUCCACUCUACCCAGAGUCCCGAGGGGCACCGUGACCCCAAUGCCCCCCGGGAGGGUCGCAGGGCAAGCAGCAGCGACGAUGAGAGGGCGAGCAAGAAGCGACGUUACCAGGACGAUGGCUAUGACAACAGCUACCCUAAGAAACGCCAUCGCGCCGAUGACAACGACCGCUCCUUCUCCUCUCGUGAUGGAUCACCAACAGCAGCUCCUCAAAACGCAUCGCACUGCCACUUCAACGACCUCACAGGUAAUGACUUAGGUCAACCCAAUGGAAACUCCCACGAAUGUUCUACCAGUGGACUGUACAAUGACCUUAGACAGUAGAUUUUCUGUUCGACCAGAGACACAGAACAAUGUUGGGGCCGUUCAAACUUUGGCUCUUAUGAUUUACUAGAAACAUUGUGGAGGACCGAGCACGCCACUAUUCUCAUCGACGGGGCUGUAGUGGAGCAGGCUAACCGAUCGCUGCAGCUGUACAUAGUCUAUUGGUAAAUAACCCACCCAUUUUCACCUACGUCAUCCCCACACUGUUUUUAUUUAUUUACUUUUCUGCUCUUUUGCACACCAGUAUCUCUACAUGACCAUCUGAUCAUUUAUCACUCCAGUGCUAAUCUGCAAAAUUGUAAUUAUUCGCCUACCUCCUCAUGCCUUUUGCACACAAUGUAUAUAGACUCGCCUUUUUUGUACUGUGUUAUUGACUUGUUAAUUGUUUACUCCAUGUGUAACUCUGUGUUGUCUGUUCACACUGCUAAGCUUUAUCUUGGCAAGGUCGCAGUUGCAAAUGAGAACUUGUUCUCAACUAGCCUACCUGGUUAAAUAAAGGUGAAAUAAAAAAUAAAAAAAAUAAAUAAAAGGUUGAGAGUUCCUUGGUGUCCACAUCAACAACAAACUAGAAUGGUCCAAACACACCAAGUCAGUCGUGAAGAGGGCACGACAAAGCCUCUUCCCCCUCAGGAGACUAAAACGAUUUGGCAUGGGUCCUGAAAUCAAUCAAAAGUUUCUACAGCUGCAACAUCGAGAGCAUCUUGACUGGUUGCAUCACUGCCUGGUACGGCAAUUGCUCAGCCUCCGACCGCAAGGCACUACAGAGGGUAGUGCCUAUGGCCUAGUACAUCACUGGGGCCCAGCUUCCUGCCAUCCAGGACCUCUACACAAGGCGGUGUCAGAGGAAGGCCCUAAAAAUUGACCCCAACCACCCCAGUCAUAGACUGUUCUCUCUACUUCCGCAUGGCAUGCGGUACCGGAAUGCCAAGUCUAGGACAAAAAGGCUUCUCAACAGCUUUUACCCGCAAGCCAUAAGACUCCUGAACAGGUAAUCAAAUGGCUACCCGGACUAUUUGUAUUCUGAUACUACCUCAGGCUGAGGAGCCCUACAUUAACAAACCUGAUACUA